AUAAAAACCAGCGAAGUCAUGUUUGCACAAGGCGAGCCAACGAAUCGACCAACCUCAACCUCAACCUCGAUAUGCAUGCACUCACCGACUUCAGAUGGCCCUCCCAGUACAUUGUUUCAAGCAUCCUCUGCUCCUUUGGCGGCUUCCUCUUCGGCAUGGACACAUCGAUUAUCGGCCCUGUCACGGUCAUGGAUAGGUACAUGGCCGACUUUGGUACCGCUUCUGCAACUGUCCAUGGCCUGGUCGUCUCCUCGAUAUUGAUCCCUGCAGCCAUCUCAUCCUUCUUUGCAGGUCGAGUGGCUGAUGCUGUCGGGCGUCCGAAAGGCAUUAGCAUUGGCGGCCUCAUCUUCGGUCUUGGUGCAGCGCUGGAAGCUGGUGCUGUGCAUUUGGCCAUGUUUGUUGUGGGUCGAGUGGUCGAAGGCGUCGGCGAAGGCAUAUUCUUGGGAAAUUUGGUCGUCUACAUUUGCGAGAUUGCACCACCUCGCCGGCGAGGACCUCUGACAUCCGGUCCUCAACUACUGAACACUGUUGGCCUUGUUGUGGGCUUCUUUACCUGUUAUGGCUCACGUAACAUAAACUCGUCACUGGCAUGGCGCCUUCCGUUUGCGCUUCUCGCUGCAUUUUCCUUCCUCUUCGCAGCUGUCUCACUGCUUUGGCUUCCCGAGUCCCCAAGAUGGCUCGUCCUUUGUCAUCGGGAGGCCGAGGCAGCCAGGGCAUGGGAUGUCCUCGGAGUGGAGAGCGCAGAUCGCGAGAAGUCCCACCAUGGACAUGAGAAUGCAGUUACUGUUGCCGCCAACUUAAACGACUCAACCGAACAACUUGGGAACCCAGUAACUUCGCUAUCUGCGCCAGUCAAAAACAAGUCUAGCUUACUGGAUGCGUUUGCCCCGGAUGUUCGGGCUCGGACGAUGCUUAGUGUUUUUAUCUUGGGCAUGCAGCAGAUGAGUGGUAUUGAUGGAAUUCUCUACUAUGCUCCGUUACUUUUCGAACGAGCCGGACUCACUUCCUCUAGUGCCUCCUUCCUAGCAUCAGGUGUAUCCGCAAUCGUUAUUCUCAGUGUCACAAUCCCAGCGCUCAUCUGGGCCGACAAAUGGGGUCGCCGUCAGAGUACCAUCUAUGGUGGACUAGGAUUGAGCGUCAUCAUGUUUCUGAUGGGCGGCCUCUAUGCAGGUAACGCGGUGCAUGACAGCUAUGGUGCCGGCCGAUGGGUCGUCGUCGUCUCGAUCUAUCUCUUUGCGGUUGUCUUCUGUAUUUCAUGGGCAGUCGGCAUCAAAAUCUACGUUGCUGAAAGCCAGCCACAGCGUACGCGUGCGAGUGCAACUAGUUUGGCCCAUGGAAGCAAUUGGAUCGCCAAUUUUCUAGUCGCCCUCACGACGCCCAUACUUCUAGAUCGCAGCACUUUUGGCGCAUACUUCCUCUUCGGCGGCUGCACUUUGCUUACCGCUGUGGUGUGUCUGAUUUGGAUGCCAGAGACUAAGGGCAAAUCGUUGGAUGAGAUUGAGGCGGCAUUUUCACAUAAAGCGCCCGGAACGAGAACCUUUUUCAGGUCUAUUCGAAGACUUCUAAGGGGGUUACAGGGUGGGAGGGAUCAGUGA